AUGGCGUCCCCGUCUGAUCUGCCCACGCCCAUUCUCACCCUCUCAAAAAGCAUCCUCCGACCGUAUCACCCUUCAGAUGCACCAUCCGUGGCCAAAGCAGCAAACUCCAAGGCCGUCGUCGUUCAUCUCCGCAACCAGUUUCCGCACCCAUACACCCUCGCCGACGCCGAGAGUUGGAUCUCAAUGAACCAGACACCUCCGUACCGCAGCUGGGUCAUCAUCUGCCCCACAUCGGGCCGAGCCAUGGGUAGCAUCGGUAUCAUUCCCGGCAAAGACGUGUAUUUGCGGGGUUAUGAGUUGGGAUACUGGCUGGGUGAGGAAUUUUGGGGGCAAAAAAUCAUGAGCGAGUUGGUUCCUGCGUUCGUGAAGUGGAUGUUCGACGGGAUGGGUGAGGAAAAGGCCGAGGUUGAGAGGCUAUGGGCUGGCGUGUUUUCUGAGAACAAGGCGAGCCAGGCCUUGCUGCAGAAGAGCGGGUUUCAGCUUGAGGGCAGGCUUAGGAAGGCGGUGUUCAAAAACGGUGUCUUGAUGGACGAGAUGGUGUAUGCCGUAGUCAGGGAUGACUUGACCGCCCUUGGCUCAACAUGA